GUUGUUGCAGCGCGUCUUCCCCAGAAGCACAGCUCGUUUCUCAGGCCCUCAGUGAAAUCUGCGCUGUGUGUAAGCGCUGCUCCGUCUGAGCAGAGCCGUGGGAAAUGAGCGCUGGAGUUUGAUGGCACGGCUGCACGCUGAGCCGCGGCUGGGAUGAGAAGCGAUCGGGGAGGGAAGAGGCUCCCGCUGUCCCUGCCUCCAGUAGGAAGAAACACGGAGAGAAGGAGGCACUGCGGUCACCCAGGCUGAGCCCAGCGAUGUCACCGUCCCCAGGAGGAAGAGCUGGUGCUGAUGGUGACCAGAUGGUCCCCACCUGCCUGGCUGGGAUGCUUGGUGGCCACAGGGGCUUUGUGCCAGGGGGUUGGAUGCUGGCAAUGUGGAUGCAGGCAGAGGCAGGACAGUCCCCCUCCAACCUCUCACUGGAGGUGUGAACAUGAGAGCAUGCAGAUGUGCAUUGACAGCACAUCUGGAGGUGUAUACAGGCCCAAAUCUCACCUUUCCUCCCUGAGAUUGGCCGGUGGGUGGCAGAGACCCCACACUCACUACAUUUCCACCACCCCAUAGGGCAGCACUGCCCGUUCCAUCCAUCCACCACUGCCGUUCUGCAGCCCAGGGGGGUGAGUGCACUUCUGAGUGCUGCUUCAGAUGAUGUUUGUUUUUCCAAGUGCUCCACCAUCUGCUGCCUCCGGGGAGAUCAGUGCACGUGUCCAUAGGGUGCAACCCCUGCCAGCCCCAUCCUUGCAGAGAAAGCCCAGGGCUGCUUUGUGUGGAGUCCUUGGGUGGGGAGCUGUCAGGACAGGACAGUUCUUUUUCCCCCUUUUUCCAUUUCUUGAAGAGGAUCCAAAUCACGUUUCUCCUCUCAGUGUGGAACAAAUCCAAAGUGUCUCAUUCACAGGGGAUGCAGCGGGGAAUCAACCAGCACCAGCAGCCUUCCCGCAGCCCUCCUGCAUCCCAGCAUGGGGCAGGCAAAAAGGGCCAGGCACCAGCGUCACCCUUCCCCAGGAUGGUUCCCUGGUUGGAGCAUCCCGGGUAUUCCCACAUCACUCCAUCCGAGGAGGCAGCAGGGUUGUUUCCACCGCUGGGAGCUGGGGGCUGUUGGAUUCCUCAGCCCUUAUUCAUCCAUUGGCCGUCGUGUGAGAGCGGAGGGAUGCGCAGCCCGGCUGCCCAAUGGUGGGGAUGCAUCCCCUGGGUGGUGGCAGCAGGGACGUGAGCUGUGCUCCCUGCUCAGCCCCUGGGGACCCUGCUGUUCCCAAAAUAAAUCUCAGUGCUGAAGAAAACAGGGCCUGGCGCCGGGAGGUAUGAAGGCACUGCGCCCACAGAGCUGCGGGGAUGGAGCUCUGGAAGGAACGCUGUGCUGCAGCCUGGCGCUGCCCGUUCCCAAGGCAGGAAGGCACAGGGGGUGCUGGUGCCAUCCCUGUCCCACUCCUCCUCCAGCCCCAGGGUUCUCCCCGAAGCUCUGCCAGCACUUCUGCAGCAGUGCUGCUCCCUGCAGGCGUGCAGCACCUCCAGUCCCUUGCUGGCUGUGAGCGCGGCCGCGGUGACGUUGCACAGGAACAUGGCUCUGUUUCAGCCGUGUCUCCAAAGAGCUUUGCAUCAUCUUAAGCAGUCUGAAGGAUGCGUUCACUUUCAUGUGCAAACAGAGCUCACUUUGGCAAACUGUUUUCCAGCUGCAGGGACCUCUGCAGCACUUGUCUGUGGCUGCUGCCAGGCAAUGAACCACAGCACCCCGCAAGCAGCAUAUCAGUGCUCCCUGGCACCCAUUGCCACCGGGCACAUCCUGCUCUCCACCCUGCAGUGCUGGCAGCCAGCAGUGCCCUGGGUGGUCCUGGCCAUCAGCUGUGCGUGGGCUGUGAGGCCACAGAGUGGCCGUGGGGUGGGGGGAGCUGAGGUCUGGCUUCAGGACAGCACUCAUGGUGACGUAAAGGAGCUGGCUUUCCUCCAUCCGAUCCCACAGGUCAGCUCUGUGCCACGUCGGUUUGGAUGUGAGCAGGGCAGCACCACAGGCACAGAGGGUUCACCUGCACCCCAGUGGGUUUAUCCCCUCGUGCAGUGCAUCUCAGGUGUGCUGUGCUCACCAGACCUGCACACGGGGAUUGCUGGCUGCAGUGAGCAGAACGGGAGGUGAAGCUAAUGCAGAGCUUUCGGAUUUGCAACCUGCAAACUGAAUUGGCAGGUUUGUGCUUUGCAAUUUGAAAGCCCUCUUCCAUGGCUCUGCUGUGUGGGUAUCACAGGUCUGCUUGGCUGGGAGCAGCCAGCAGGUUACGGGGGAUUGGUGAUGGUGGGAGCUGCUAAGUGGCCCCAGGUGCCUGCUCACCUGCAGGAGGGCAAAGCAGUGGCAGCAGGAGGUGAGGACAAGGCAGCAGGAUCGCCUCCUGCCCGCACAGGGGUCCAUGCUGCAGCUCCCUGGGGAGGAGAGCACCAUCACCCCACAGAUGAGCCCCAAAGAGUGGGGCCAAAGGGUAGAGAGACCCCACGGGAGCCACGGGCUGCAGCCUGGAGCAAAGCCCUUCACCCAGUCACCCGAUCCUCAUUAACUAACGAGGAGGGGAAGCUCUGCAGGGGAGGUGACCAGGCGCAUCUCCUCUCGCCGUGCUCACAUCCCUGCUCGGGGGUCCUGAUGAAGGGCUGCCGAUGGGACACUCCGUCUCCAUGGCUCCGCCGUGGCAUGCGUCUGCAGCGGGGAAGUGCAGCUACGUCUUUAAGAAGGGCCUGGGCUGGGGUGGGAGAAGCAUUUCCACGCAGCCUUUCUCCCGGCGAACCUGGAGCGAGUUAGCAGCCGAGUUCGCCCUGCUGCCGUCAGCCAGCCAGCCCCAAUGGGAGCCACGGUGCCAUGAGGACACGGGGCACGGGGCCGCCCUCAGCCCCCUCAGCCCCCAGCCCCGUGGGGAGAGGAAGAGGAGGCCGCCAAGCUGGCCACCUCUAACCUGGACUUGGAGAGCAAGAAAGCCGCCCCCACCAAGCUGUCAUGGCAGCAGCCAGUGAACGUCUUCCUGGCUGCCGGCCGCCCGCCCGGCAUGGAGCAGCUGCACCAGGAGGCUCAGCUCAACCUGCAGAGCCUGCUGCAAGAGGAGUAUGAGGAGCAGUAUGCUGAGAGCAGAGUGACUGGGCAGACCUUCCGUGCCGCCGGCCACCCACCUCCCAGCACCCCUACGGAGCCCUCACCCCGUUCGCUGCCCUCCAAGCGCCUCGAGUUCGUGCUUAUGCCCCCGAGCCGGCGAGCCGAUGAGGAGGAGAGCAGCAGUGCCAGCACGCUGGGCGUGAGACCACCCGACAUCUCCCUGAGCCUCCCCACCACCCCCGACAAGCAGACAGCCUGGCCCAGGGCCUUCCCCCUGCCCACCGUGGAGGAGAAGCAGUGGCACCAGUCCUGCUCUGUGCAGACCAACGUGGUCCCCAUCAAUGUCUCGGGGCAGCACUUUGCUAGGCACGCGAGUGCUCGUCACUCCCUGUUUAACACAGAGACCGCGAUGAACCCCAAGUCCACCCUGCGGCGUAGACGGACCGUUAUCGGAUUCCCUAACAUGUCCCUGCGAGACCAAGGCAGCACCAACGGCCCUGCGCACACCACACACCCACCCAUCGCCGAGUCCCUGUCCUGCAGCUUUGAGACCACGGGUGGGAGGAAGCCCUCCCAGCAGACCAGCCCCCGCCAGCCGCUCUCUGCCCCACUGAGGAAGACCUUCAGUGACCUCGGGGGCACGCUGCAGGCACGCUGCUGCCCACCUCCAUCCUCCAUGGACAACGCGGCCACCCCCAGCACCUGCAACGGACCACAGGGCUCCUCUUUUCCCCCACCUUGGGGUGCCAAUUCCUUCGGAUACACCACCCCCCCCAGCCCUGCUGCCGGCCAGGAGGUCUCACCAGGCAGCUCUGCCAUGGGCUCACCCACCGGCACCGAGCGGGCCGCCUCCUUCUUCAUCGCCCAGGAGGAGCAUGCAGGGAGCGCUGGGCCCAGCUCCUUCCCCGCCACGACUCCUGAGUCUCCUCCUGGUGCUGGGGGCAUCCGGAGGUGUGAUGGCCAAGAAGCCAGGGUGAACUUUUCACCCACAAACAAAGAGCCGGAGCCGGCACCGGAGCCAUCGCGCUUAGGGGUGGAGCGGGGAGGGUGCCGCUUCCGCGAGCGCUCGCUGUCGGUGCCCACCGACUCGGGGUCCCUCUGCUCCGUGGACAUUGCUUACGCCGAAGCCCGGCGAGGCAGCACCAACUGCGCCCUGGGCUACCCCAGCGCCGGCUCCGAGGGCAGCACCAGCACUGAUAACAUCUCGCUGGGGCCGGAGCCGGACGGGCAGCGGCGGCGGCGCUCCAAGAGCAUUUCCCUUAAGAAGGCCAAGAAGAAGCCCUCGCCGCCCACCCGCAGCGUCUCACUGAUCAAAGAUGGGCAGGACAGCCUGGCUGCCCUGGGGCUGCCCCAUGAUCAGAGACCCAAGAGCCUGUGCAUCCCGCUGGAACCUGCUGGGCACCGGGUGGUGCAUGCAGACCCCCAGGGUAGAGAGCCCGACAGCCCAGCUGCCCCUCGCCAGUGGUACAUGGCAGACUGGAAGAAUGGUGAGCCCUACCGCUCCCUCUCCGGCUCCAGCACAGCCACAGGGACUACAGCCAUUGAGUGUGUGAAGGCACGGGGCAGCUCCGAGUCCCUCAUGUCCCCCUCUAUCUCCAGGGCCACAACACCCUCCCAGCUCUCAGCAGAGGCUGACCUCAAAACCUCCUCCCCAGGCAGGCCCGCAGGGCUGAUGUCCCCAUCCAGCGGGUACUCCAGCCAAUCAGAGACCCCCACGCCCACCGUCCCCACCUCAGCCAUCCUCGGGCACUCACCACACCAGGUGCGGGUGAGGCCGCUGGUUCCUGAGAGGAAGUCCUCGCUGCCCCCCACAUCCCCCAUGGAGCGGAGCCCCAAAUCCAGGCUGUCCUUUGAGCUGCCGCUCACACCGCCUGCCCACCUUGACCUCUCGGGGCUGAAGAUCUCCUUGAAGGGGAAGACGAAGGUCAGCCGGCACCACUCCGACUCCACCUUCGGCACCAAGCUGGUCCAGAAGACCAGUCCCAUCCAGCCCAUCAUGCCCGUGGUCACCCAGUCCGACCUGCGCUCUGUGCGUCUGCGCUCCAUCAGCCGCUCCGAGCCAGAGGACAACACUGACGGCCCAGAGCAUGCGGAGGAACUGCCGCGUAUCCCCUGCCCGGGGCCGGAGAGGAAAGUGAAGCCGCCGGUAGCGGAGAAACCACCGUUGGCCAAGCGGCCCCCGUGCAUCCUGCCCAAGCCCGUGGUCCUGCGGGAGGAGGGUCCCCUGUCCCCCACAUCCCCGCCAAGCAUCACCACCAAGGACAGCCUGAUGCUACGGAAAGGGGAUCCAUGGAGGGGCCCAGGGCAGCCUCGGCGGCUCUCGCAGGGCAGCCUGGAGGACAAACCGCGGCCAGAGGCAGAGCGCAGGAAGGCCAAGGUGCCGCCGCCGGUGCCCAAGAAGCCCAGCGUGCUCUACCUGCCGCUCACCCCAAUCCCAGUGCAGCAGGCAGGGGGUGCAGGAGACCCGGCGCCCACCCCCAGCCCCAUCAUCACGCUGGAUUCAGAGCCCAGCUGCUGCCAACCUGACGCUGAUGGCCCAACACCCACUGAGGUCCCAGGCACGGCGCAAGCUGGCGAGACCCCCUCAGAGCAAGGCAGUUCGUCUGAGGCUGGCACAGAGGAGAAGAGCUUUGCCAGUGACAAGACGGCCGACUCCAUCGCUGAGGAAGACGACGAUGUCUUCAUGGCAUCCCGCACCACAGAGGAUCUCUUCACUGUCAUUCACAGGUCCAAGAGGAAGGUUCUGGGGCGGAAGGAGCCAGGCGACAGCUUUAGCAGCCGGCCCAAUUCCCACUCUCCCGUGAAGACGUCAGGCUCACCAACCAGCGAGUCUCCUGCAGCAGCAGUGAGCACCGGGAAGUCCUCCAGCAGGAAUGAAGAUUUUAAGGCUCUGCUCCAGAAGAAGAGCAGUAAAACCAGCAGCGGUUCCCGGCCGUCUGCAGCUGAACUGCUCAAGACCACAAAUCCACUGGCUCGAAGGGUCAUGAUGGAGUUUGCCCCUGAGCUAGAUGGUGCAAACAGCCAGCCCUAAACCUGCACAGAGCCUUCUGGCCACAAAGGGCUCGGGUUGGUGCAGAUGGAGCCGUGCUGCGGGCAGUAGCUUUAGGCACUCAGGUCACUGCAGAAGGGAUGUCCCGGCUGCCCCACUGGGGCUUCUUUCAUGCUUUCAUUUCUUCCUUGGCGAAUCCUCUUCGGUUCCUCUCCAGUGGGAGAGCUGCUGGCAGAGAAGCAGUGUUGGGACCUGAGGCCCCCAUGUCCCUGCUGCGCUGCUGGCAAGAGGGGAGAGGCAGACAUGCAGCACUCUAGUGGGGACUGGGACCUGGCACCUCCUGUGCCGCUGGGACAGCAGCUCCUGCUGCUCAGGAACACAGCAGGACUGCAGCUCCAGGCACCUCCCAGCACCCACAACAAAGCUAGCUUGAAACUGUUUGGUCACUCGGCAUGUGGUACUUUAAACGGCUUUUUCUAAUGCACAA